AUGAGCAAUUCCCAGGUUCCUCCACGGGCUGGAAUCUCAGAGCUGGAGGUGAUCUCCCAGCAGGUGGAGGAGGACAACCAGUGCAUUGCCCCCGUCCAACUGGUCAGCUUCGGCUACAGGGACUUGCCUCUGGCCGCCCUGGACAUAUCCCUCGCUGGAUCACAGCUCAUCUCGAACCCAGAUGAAGAGGACAACAGAGACGGGUCGAACUGGCUGAAGCCUUGCUGUGGGAGGAGGUCGGCGCUGUGGCACGUCUGUCUGCUGUCGGCGGGCUUCAACUGCUUCCUGGUGGCCUGCGUGGUCCUGGUGGUGCUGCUCCUGACGCUGGAGGUGCUCAUAGACGCCAAGCUGCUGCAGUUCAACAACGCAACUCAGUUCGCCAGCAUCAUCCACUGGAUCAGCCUGGCCAUCCUCUCCGUCUUCUUCACCGAGACGGUGUUCAGGAUCGUGGUGUUGGGGAUCUGGGAUUACAUAGAGAACAAAGUUGAGGUGUUUGAUGGAGCUGUGAUCGUCCUCUCUCUGGCCCCCAUGGUGGCCUCCACAGUGGCCAACGGCCCCAGCAGCCCCUGGGAUGCUAUUGGUCUCAUCAUCACGCUGCGCAUCUGGAGGGUCAAGAGGAUCAUUGAUGCCUAUGUGCUGCAGGUGAAGGUGGAGAUGGAGAUGGAGAUCCAGCAGUAUGAGAAGGCCAAGGCGGUGAGGGAGGAACAGCUGGACCGUCUCACUCAGAUCUGUCAGGAACAGGCAUUUGAAAUCAGGCAGCUGAGAGCCCACCUGGCCCAGCAGGACCUGGACCUGGUGGCCGAGCGUGAAGCAGCCAUGCAGAUCCAUCAUAUGUGGGGUAAACAAAGCAGCACUUUCCUGGAGGUGGAUGGACUGGCCCCGGGGAACUCGGAGCAUCACGCUCCAGCUAAAGCGAGAGAGCCCGGGGGGGCUGCAGGUCACCAUGGUCAUGAUGACAUGAACAACUACAUCAGUCAGUACUACAGUGAGCCAAGCAGUGGUGAGCAGCAUCAACAUUCUGCCUCAGCCUCGUCUUCCAGCCCAUAUGGCCAUAUGGGGAUCCCCGACCCUGCACGAGUCAUCACCACAGCAGCCAUAGACGUGCACCUGCCCAGGAACCCCAGCCAGCUCCCCCUCUCCCUGGUGAGUGCAGAUGCGGUGCUGUCCAGCCGUCUGCAGCGGACCGGCAGCUCGGUCAGCGAGGCCUCCACCACCACGGUGUCUCGUAACAGCUUCAGCUUCAGCAACCGCCAGCACAGCAUCAGCAGCCACACGCUGGGCUCCACCACAGACUGCAGCUCCACCGUGCGGGAGGCCUCCACCUCCACGGACUACAGCGACCAGCGGUGCUACCCCCCGCCCUACAGCAGCCCCCUGGCCCUGGGCAGGCAGCCCCAAGGGAGUCCCAGUGCUGUGGUGCAGGAGCUGCUCUCCUCUCUGACCGAGAACUCCUGUCUCACACAGAAGGGCCUGGACCCUGUGAACCUGAAACCGCCCAGCCCGGCAGGCUCCACCAAGACCAGCCCAGAGCUGGAGCACAGGGUCAACAUCUACAACAAGAGGAACCAGGAUAUUCGAGUCGGCCUCCACUCCAAACCACUCAUCCAUCUGCAGGGCAAUGAGGGUUUCCUGGAGGAGAAGUACAGGAUGAUGGAGCCAGUAGAGGCUCCAGUCAGCCGCCUGUCAGAGGCAUGA